AAAUGGAGCAACAAAUUCAAAUGGACGAACAGGAAAAUGAUGAAUCACAGGGAAACGAUGAUCAACAAAAUAUGUCGAUGAGCAGUUCUGAACUUCAUACUAUGCAGGAUGAUCAUCCAGGGAUUCUAUUAAAAACCAACACUCGGAUGAGCAUUACCGUCAAAAAGUUACAUGUUUGUGGAGAGUGGAAGUGGUUACAAGGAGGUGAAGAUACCUGUGGAAUUUGUCGAAUGGAAUUUGAAUCGGCGUGCAACAUGUGCAAGUUUCCAGGAGAUGAUUGCCCAUUGGUUCUGGGAAUUUGUCGCCAUGCUUUUCAUCGUCAUUGCAUCGAUAAGUGGAUUGCAGCACCAACUAACCAACCAAGAGCUCAAUGCCCGCUUUGCAGACAAGACUGGACAAUUGUAGAGUAAUCUACGUUUUUAUCUUGUGUUUCCAUUUUUUCAUGUCAAAUGAUACUCAGUUUUCCUCA